GGCGGCGGCGGCGGCGGCGGCAGCAUGUCGGUGGCGUUCGCAGCCCCGAGGCAGCGAGGCAAGGGGGAGAUCACGCCCGCGGCGAUCCAGAAGAUGUUGGAUGAAAAUAACCAUCUCAUUCAGUGUAUAAUGGACUAUCAGAAUAAAGGAAAGGCCUCCGAGUGUUCUCAGUAUCAACAGAUGUUGCAUACAAAUUUGGUAUACCUUGCUACAAUAGCAGAUUCGAAUCAAAAUAUGCAGUCUCUUUUACCAGCACCACCCACGCAGAAUAUGCCUAUGGGUCCUGGAGGGAUGAACCAGAGUGGCCCUCCCCCACCUCCGCGCUCUCACAACAUGCCUUCAGAUGGAAUGGUAGGUGGGGGUCCCCCUGCACCACACAUGCAGAACCAGAUGAACGGCCAGAUGCCGGGGCCUAACCAUAUGCCAAUGCAGGGACCUGGACCCAAUCAGCUCAGCAUGACAAACAGUUCUAUGAAUAUGCCUUCCAGUAGCCAUGGAUCCAUGGGCGGUUACAACCACUCCGUGCCGUCCUCCCAGAGCAUGCCGGCACAGAACCACAUGACCAUGAGUCAAGGGCAGCCAAUGGGAAACUAUGGCCCCAGACCAAAUAUGAAUAUGCAACCAAACCAAGGUCCCAUGAUGCACCAGCAGCCUCCUUCUCAGCAAUACAACAUGCCCCCUGGGGGCGGGCAGCACUACCAGGGACAGCAGCCCCCCAUGGGGAUGAUGGGCCAGGUUACCCAGGGCAAUCAUAUGAUGGGUCAGAGACAGAUCCCUCCCUACAGACCGCCUCAGCAGGGCCCACCACAGCAGUACUCAGGCCAGGAAGACUAUUAUGGGGACCAAUACAGUCAUGGUGGACAAGGUCCUCCAGAAGGCAUGAACCAGCAAUAUUACCCUGAUGGUCAUAAUGAUUACGGUUAUCAGCAACCGUCGUAUCCUGAACAAGGCUACGAUAGGCCUUAUGAGGAUUCCUCACAACAUUACUACGAAGGAGGAAAUUCACAGUACGGCCAACAGCAAGAUGCCUACCAAGGACCACCCCCACAGCAGGGAUACCCACCCCAGCAGCAGCAGUACCCAGGGCAGCAGGGUUACCCAGGACAGCAACAGGGCUACGGUCCUUCACAGGGUGGACCAGGUCCUCAGUAUCCUAACUAUCCUCAGGGACAAGGUCAGCAGUAUGGGGGCUAUCGACCAACCCAGCCUGGACCACCACAGCCCCCACAGCAGAGGCCUUAUGGAUAUGACCAGGGACAGUAUGGAAAUUACCAGCAGUGAAUAAGUACUUAACAUUCCAAUAGCCAGUAUCUGUUAGCAGCCAUGUCGUCACCUCAGCACUGUGGACACCUCCCUGUGAAGAGAGCCUUCCAUUCCUUCUAGUUUUGAGAAAAGCCUUGUGGAUAAGUGGCUGUUGUGUCAGUAAGCAGCCGUGGGGUUUAGUUUUCAAGGGCUUUGGUAGCGCAGCACACGCCUGAUUUCACAUCUCCACUCUAGAUGGCAACAUUGGACAGAGAAUGCAUCGACAUAACCAAGUGGCAGUGAUUUCCAAACUGAGCUUCAAAUGGACUGUUACAGACUGAAAGGUGUGAGCAGCUCGUGUGUUUAUGAAGGUUGAGGGAAUUUAAUACUUUUCCACAGAUUCUUUUGUAAGGGGAAGAGGGAAAUGUACACUUUUUACAGCAGCAAUAUUUUGUAUAUUAUGUUUAUUUCAUGUGGCAAAUAUGCAAGGCGGUACACUAUGCACUGGACAGAAUCAGAACUCCUCUGCCGACUGGAGUGGAGUGGAGUGGAGUGUGGUACAUGCUUGAUUGUUUUGGUCUCAAAAUGGUGUUCUACAAAGAUAAAGCAAGGGAGCCGAUGCACACACCGCGUAUCCACUGUAGUGUUCCUAGAGAGGACGCUCGCGUCCCUUUUAUCUACCAGGUAAUCAAGGGCACUGUGAAACAGUUUUACAGCUAGAAGACAUUUUUAACAAAAGCCUUCCAGUUUUGUGGAUUAAAACCUUUUUAUAAAGAUGAUUUAUAAUGCUGUUUUAAAAUGUAAGGCAAUAAUAAUUAUGUUGGAUCAGUUUCAUGUAAAUGAAGUGGUAAUCCUCCUAAAAUAGCAAUAACUGAAAGUGAACGUGUGUUAAUUUUACCUUGUUUGAGUAAUCAGGGAACUUAAUAGGUAACUUGAACACAUUUUAUAGAUGAUGCCUAAGAAGAGCUAAUGUCAGUCCAGUAAUUUUAUUUUUUAACAUUAGAAGGGAAAUUGAUUUAUAUGACAAAAUAGUUCAAGAGACUUUAUAAACCUUAAUUUUAACUUCCUCACCUGGAAAUGAUGCCGUUUUUAAAGGGAUGCUUUUAUGUUUUUCCCCAUUUUCAUUUUGGUUUACAGAAGACCCAGAGAUGUUUAGGAAAUUGUUUAUUGAUGAUGUUUUUCUGAUCAAUACUGAAAGCAUAGAGGUUGCAUAUUUGGACUUCUGGUUCAUAUGUGUACUUAAUCGUUUUUGAGACUGGCCUGUGCCUGAUUAUUUUAGCUAAAUUCAGAGAUAUUUCAUUGGGCAGGAAAACUUAUAUUAAGAACAUUUCUAGCCACAGUUAUUUAAGCAUAAUGUGAAAGCAUCCAGCCCAAAGGUAAGUAGCUAUUUCCAUCACAGUUGCCUGUGCCCAGGGAAUAAGAUGCAUCCUUCAUAAUUGAAUUGGUUUUUCCCACUUCCAGCUGGAAACAAAACAGAAAGGCUGCUAUAAAUUUGAAUAAGCAUGGCAGACUGAUCUUAACAUACCAUAGUCAAAGGAGGAAUUUCAGUAUGUUUGGAGAGAGAGGCCGAGGAUGUGCAUGUUAAGGUCAGAAUAGGUUUUCUUCAACCACUUGGUCAUUAGAAAAUGAACACCAAGUUUAAACUGGUACAGUGUGACAGCCUUACUAUGAUUGAAAUGCGUACAGGUUCUGUGCCAAUUUUCCACCACUGUGUACCUUGUUGCUAUUUAAAACUGUAUCAACUCUAACAGAAGAAUAAAUUAUUUGUGAUUUUAA